AUGAAAAUGUUUUUAUUUCUUGUUUUGAUUCCGGCGGCCUUGGCCGUUGAUUCUGUACUUCUAGCAAAGUACGGUGAAAAAACCACUAUUCAAAUUUCCGAUGAGAAAAUCAAGGCGUUCACAAGAGAUACAGGAUCUGAUUUGGAAACCUAUAAUAUUGAGGGACCGAAUAAAAACAAAUGGAUUGAUAAGGUAGGAAGAUAAAGUUUUUCAAAAUCUAUAAACAUUUUUUAUAGAAAGGGAAAACCAUCGGAGACCCAAAAAACUACGAAUUCAAGCCACCUGGAACAUUAAUCAUCAAAAAAUUUUCAAAACUCGAUGGGGGACAUUAUGAUUAUAUUCCACUUGUUCCACCACCACCUCUUAAUUUGGAACCUGAUAUUCAUGUUGAUCCAGGAGUCACUGGAGUCGAUGUUGUUACUUUAGCAGAAACUAAAGACUAA